AUUCAGGGGAACGAGGAUGGUGGUGGCCCAACUAAGCGAAGACGAAUAGAUGUAUGGUCUCACAAUAAUGGAAUCUCUGGGUUGAUACUCACAUUUCACAGCUAAUGAAUUUUCGAAUUCAAGCGGACCCCAAAUCCAGUGUCGAGGAUAAAGACUCCGUUGAAAAAGAGCUCGAGCAGAAGCCCAAGAAGCAAAACAAGAAAUUCACGACACUUACAGCACGUGUGACGGCGCGCUACGCUCCCGGCUAUACAGAGGAUUCAAACAAUAGAGAUUCAUAUACUGCAAAUGUGCAAGACCGCUCUGAUAUUAAAAACGCCGGCCGCAAGCGAAAGUCAAAGACAAAGAAGAAACCGCAAGAGCCAGAAUUCAUCGUUUUGUCCCCGGAAGCUGCGGUCAAAUCUCUAGAGGAUCAGGAUCUUAUGUUUGGCACCUGCAGUCAGCUGGAGCGGGAAGAUUCACCUACAACAUUGAGGUAUAUGCAAACGGCGAUCGAUGAGUCAGAGAGCUAUAUGAAGCCAGUAUCAGAACAUGUUACCAGCAGGACUUCGUUUGGUUCUACGAUAUCACGCUUCACAGGCCCGAGAAGUCUAUGGUCUGAAGCCUUUAGAGAUCUGAACGGGGCUCUGGCUCAAGCAGAAGUCUCGGAUCCGGUUGACGAAUGUGAUUUAUCUAAAAUCUCUUCUAGGGUCGAUCGCGAAAGACGUGAUGCUCAACAGCAGGAAACCUCGAAGGUGAUCGAGCAACCAAUCAAUACCACGCACGAAAAAGAAUAUCCUAUACCGAAAGGGAAUUCUGAUACGCUCGAGGAUUCGUCAGAGGUUGCAGAUGCCAAUGCAAAUCAACAAAGUGAAACUGCUUCCGUGGUAGUAGAGUCGCGUCCCCAAGUGCCGCAGUAUAAUGCGUUCACUGAGGCUGAAUUGUCCAAACAAGUCGCUUCAUAUGGCUUCAAGGCUAUAAGGGGUCGCCAGAAGAUGAUAAAUCUGCUGCACAAAUGCUGGGAGUCGAAGCAUGGCAUAAGUGCGAAUUCAAAUGACGAUGGAUCAGCUCUGAUCAAGCCACCGGAGACCAGCAAGGUUGGGAAAACCACCGGUACUUCUGAUAGGGCCUCUGGCUCGAGGUCUAGAUCGAAAACCAAAUUUACUGCGAAUCCGCCGACAGCAGACGGCAUGUCAGCUAAACCUCCUGCUAGGAGGCGUCAAGGCUCUUCUCGUCCAGCAUCGAGAUCAUCACAGAAAGCAACAGAAAGCUUUUCUUUGCAACAACAACAAAAACAACAACAACAACAAAAAAAGCCGCCCAGCCUGCAAAAAUCCUCUUACGCAAACGUGGAAGAAAUCCAAGAUUCCGAGGACGAAGCGAUCCCUUCACCAAACCAGCUCCUAGACCGAUCUUUCACGCACCCCAAACCAAGCAAUCAACCACUAGCAAUCUCGCCAACUCCUUCGCCAACACGCCGUGCGCCUUGUGAACCUAAGCCACAGCCCAAAGCGACGAGAGCAGUCUCUAAAAUUCCCGACGAAGACGACGAACCCGACCUAGGCACCCAAAUCACUAAGGCUGUGCGCGCACAGCCUAAUAUGUCUUCAUCCGCCGGCGGCCGCAAGUCUCCCAGCUGGCAUGAAAAGAUCCUCAUGUAUGAUCCCAUCGUUCUUGAGGAUUUCACGACCUGGUUAAAUACAGAAGGGUUGGGGCUCGUUUCUGAGGAUCGGGAGGUUGACGCUCUGCUUGUUAGGGAGUGGUGCGAGAGUAAAGGCAUCUGCUGCUGUUAUAAGAAUAAGUCUUGGUAGUGUGUUUGGGGGUUGGUCAAUGUAUUUGUUAUUCUUUUGGGCGUUGAAUGAUUGGUUUUAUUCGGGAAGAUCCGGAUGGGCCUUUUUUGAAGGCUUAGUAUAUAUAUUCGUUUUGUACAGAUACCCUUUCGU